AUGCAGCUGUUGAACCAUCAUAAACGACCCUGUGACUCUUCUAGUUAUGGUUAUGCUGUUAUUAUUAUAAUUUGCUUUGCUAUUAAAAUAUCAUUCGCUGAAUAUGAUUGUUCAGCAAAAGAAGAUGGCUGGUAUUAUGAUCCAGAAUUUUGUCAUAUUUAUUGGCGUUGUAUACAUGGUACAUCAGAAGAAUUUGAAUGUGCUAGUGGGACUGCUUGGGACCAUUCUGCAAGUCGUUGUAAUUGGCUUGAUAGUGUAGACUGUUCACGUGCAGAGAAAACAACAGCAAAAGUUACAUCUGAAGAUGAAGAAACGAAUGAUGAUGAAAAUGAAACCGAUGAUGACACGUCUAUUGGUAGUACAGUAAAAUCAAAAAAAAAGAAAACAACACCAAAAAAAAGAAUGUUGGAUGAUAAUGAAGAAGAUAUUGAUCUUUUUUGUUUCACUGUUUGUCAAGUAAAUUCAUCGGCUGAAACAUUUUGUGCUGGUCGUGAUGGAUUUUUUGCUGAUCCUGAUUAUUGCACGAGAUAUUAUCGAUGUGCGCAUGGUGUUGAUCAAGGAUUUGAAUGUCCUAAAGGUACUGCAUGGGAUGAAGAAAGCAAAUCAUGUGCAUGGAUUGAUCGAGUUAAUUGUGAUGAAAAGAAAUUAGAUUAUUCAACAAAUACAACAACAUCAAAUAAACCAAUUGAUACUGAAUCGAUUAAAACACAUGCAAGUAUACCAUCAAUCGUAGCACCAACACAUAGAGGAGAUAGUCAUGAUGGUACAUCAGCUAUUGAAUGUCAACCAACUGGAAUUUAUUCAAUUGCUGAUCCAACUGAAUGUAAUAGUUAUUAUCAAUGUGAUAAAGGUGUACGCAUACGACUUAAUUGCCCUGAAAGACAAUUAUUUGAUACCGAUAAACGUCAAUGUAUGGAUUAUGAACGAGUUUUUUGUGGAGCUAGAGCACUUAAUUUAGCGGAUAAAAAUCAAUGUGUCAAUCGACGUGAUGGCAUUCAUCCAGAUACAGAACGUAAUUGUAGUUUUUAUUAUCAAUGUGUAGCAAAAAUUAAAGUCCGAGAAGCAAAAUGUCCAGAUGAUCUAAAAUUUAAUAGUUUAACAACGAAAUGUGGUCCAGCUAGUGCUGUUCCAAUGCCAUGUGGUACUUAUAUUCUCGGAAGUGCAUCAGUACUAUGUAUGUUUAAAUUUAGUAUUUAUAUUGAAAAUAGUUUACAUCAUUUAGAUCGUGAAAAUGUUAGAAUUUUAAUUUCAUUUAUUUCAAUGAUAUUAUUUCUGAUCGGUUUUGAAUUAUGA